AUGGGGUAUCCUCAACCUUUGCAGACGGUUUCACGUCAAUUGAAUGAAAAUACAGUCAUCACAUCAUGCGGGUUUUCAUGUGUUAGUAUAUUCAACUUUGGUGCUAGAAUGACGUUAAUUAAGUAUGAAGAUGAAAUUAUCGUAUGGUCACCCAUCCCUUAUGGAGACGAAGUCAUAAAGGCAUUACGCUUGUUGACAGGUAAUAGCAGCGGUGUUUUUGACAUUGCAUAUCUCAUUAUUCCAAACAAUGAACAUAACUUGGCUGCUAAAUCGUUUAAGGCUAGCCAUCCUAACAUGAAAAUUAUUGCACUGGAGGCAGUUGAUUUAGGGGUGGAGUGUCCUAUUGACUACCGAUUUACCAAGGCAAUCGGAAACACAUUAAUUGAUCAAAGCGUCUUAUCCGAAACAAUGGGCAUACUGAGCCCAGCAAUUUUGAAUAAUCUUGAAUUCGUCUAUUUACUGAAUUCUAUCAAUAAGGAAGUGGUAAUGUUCGACAAAAAUUCGAAAGUAAUGUUUGAAGCUGAUAUUCUUGUGAACUUAGGUGUUCCUGGCUCAACAUCGGGUGAAGGUAAAUUAGAACAGUAUUCCACACUAACUGGGUAUCCAGAAAAUUUCUUGCCUCAUUUUGGUUUGUCUUUCUUUACUAGGUACCUUCAGCCAUAUAGUAAGGUUGGAAAUUGGUUGGUUAGCCGUGUAGCUAACAGUGCUAAUCCGAACACUCAAAACGGGUUGAAAGUAAUCUACGAUUGGGAUUUUGAACAGAUUGUUAUGUGCCACGGUAAUAUUAUUGAUAGGAAUGCUAAGCUGGCAUUCAAGAACGUUUACCAAUCUGUACUUGAGUAA